AUGGCUAAAAGAAAGAGUAAACAAAAGCUAUUCAUUACAGCUGGUGAAUGGGCGAAUGAUUUCGGUGGAAAGAAAGACGGUGAAAAGAGAAGUAAUGAGAAACCAUUACCUUACUACUGUUGCAGUUUGUCUUUGCAACCAUUCGACGAUCCAAUGUGCACUUUAGAUGGUAAUCUCUAUGAGAUGCUUAAUAUUAUACCUUUUUUAAAGAAAUAUAAAAGAGAUCCUGUCACUGGUAAACCUAUGACAUUUAAGGAUCUUUUUAAAGCAAACUUUGCUGUUAAUUCCGAUGAUGAAUAUCAUUGUCCGAUUUUAAAAAAAGUAUUUACAGAUUACUCUCAUAUUGUGAUUAUUAGAACCACUGGAAAUAAUCCUGCUGACAAGGAAUAUACACAACAAAAGUCGCUAUCAAACUUUCACUUUAUCAAAGAAGGACUGGAUUUUAAAGAAGAUCAAACCACUUCAAAUAUCAACUUAUCAGAAACAGCUCUAAGAAUAUUCAAUGAACUUAAAGCAAAAGGUAUACCAAUUAAUAGUAAUGAUAGUACAUCAACGACUACAACCACUUCAACAAGUACAACAAGUUCAAGUAAGUUGACAACAAGUAAUCUCAAUGCAGAAUCAUCGAAAACCAGUAUACUAGAUAAAGAUGUCGAACAAUAUAGAAGAGAGAAACGUGAGAAAGAAGAAGCAGUGAGAAAGCAAUCCGGUCAAGCACCUUCGUUCACGUCGACUGGAAUGUCGUUGACGUCGGUCAUUGAAGAUCAUCCUGCAGAUCGACCAGGAAAGAAAACCAAGAAGAAAGGAUACGUCAGUAUACAAACGAAUAUAGGUGAUAUUAAUAUCCAGCUGCACUGUGAUUUCGUACCAAAGACCUGUGAGAACUUCUUGGCACUCUGCGCCACCGGUUACUACAACAAUGUCAUAUUCCAUCGUUCGAUCAAGAACUUUAUGAUUCAGGGUGGUGAUCCCACUGGAACUGGUACCGGUGGUCAAUCGAUUUGGAAGCGAGCGUUUGCCGAUGAAUUCAAACCCUACUUGUCACACCACGAGCGUGGUAUACUCAGCAUGGCGAAUUCUGGUCCAAACACAAAUGGUUCGCAAUUCUUUAUUUUAUUCAGACCGGCUCCACAUCUCGAUCGUAAACACACUGUUUUCGGAAAGGUUGUGGGUGGAUUAGAUGUUUUGAAAACAAUGGAAAUGAUUAAAACCAAUCAAAAUGAUGUACCAUUAAUUCCAAUUAAAAUAUUAGGUGUAAAGAUAUUUGAGAAUCCAUUUGAAACUAUUGAUGAAGAAGAACUUGAAGAAUUAAAGAAAGCCGAAUUAAAGAGAAGAGAAAAAGAAUCUAAAUUUAAUGACACUGAAAGAGGUCAGUGGUAUUCGAAUCCAAAUGUUGUUGUUCCACAAACCAAUAAAACUGGUGUUGGUAAAUAUAUUGUAGAUACAAAACCGGUAGCAAAGGUAUCAGCAAAAGUAGCAGUAAAACCAAUAGCAACAACAACAUCAACUACAACGACACCAGAACAAGAAUCCCAACUUAAACGACAAAUUAUUCAAGAUAAACUUAAUGAAACAACAAAGAAAUCAAAGACAUAUGGAAACUUUUCAAACUUUUAA